AUGCCUCAUGCCCACCACCCCGGCUUGGUGAUGCGAAACCACAAUCGCCGGGAUGUCGUUCCUUCACAUAGACUGCCAUUUUUGGUCCCCACUACCACCUCCAUAGUCACCAAUGGCCCAACCCUCGUGGCAAGAUCCGAAGAAUCAUCGGAGGUGACCACUGGAGAGAAGCCCUCCAGCAAUCUGACUACAACAGUCUUGCCAAUCGUGCUCGGUGCGGGCAUUCCCAUUCUCUGUGCCAUUAUCCUUCUCAUUGUGCUUCACCGGAGACAUGUCAAGAAACUUCUGCGGGAAGAUGCAAUGGACAAACAUAAAUCGCUCGAUUUUGGAAUGGAUUCAGUUGGACCUGCAACCCGGAGAGGUGGGCCCCAUCAUGGUGGGAUGCCCCCGAUGUCAGAGCCCGCCCAUACCAAAGGAUUGUCUCUUGACGUCGGUCCUUAUCUGAUGCCUCCGGGUCUGAAAGGAUCCCCAGAUUCUCUGCAUUCCAUGUCAAUAGAUGAUGAUAAGUACCAUCCGGCCACUGCUUCCAUUCGGUCGUUCCCCCGGGGAAACCGGGAUGAUGCAUCGAGCUUCACUGGUUCUCGAUAUGAAGGUGCCGACGACGGCCAUUCCGGUCUUCUCAGCAAUGCACAGAGAAUGUCCCGAUCAGACCCGCCGUUGUAUACUUCCCCUACUGAAUCUCAUGGACGUAGUCCUGUGAACCACCACAAUGACUUCCUUGGACCGGUUCCCGGGUUGACCCAUCCACCUCCUGCCCAGCAACCUGGGAUGGCUCUUGGUAGCCCUUCUGCAACCAGGGUUCCCUCACCAGGUCCGCUACCUCAAAUUGAUUCCGGGCUACACUUCGGCCUGGAAAACGAUACAUACAGCAACACACAUACCAAUGCUCAUGAAGAGCGCCUCAACUUCCCGCUGCCUGAUGCCUCACAAUCCCGAAGCCCGCCGCAUGAUAAGGCUGCUGUAUCACAGCUUCCUCGUAUUUCCCUGCCAGCCAGCGAUAUUACUAGUAGUGACUAUGGCGAUGAUCGCAAGUCGCAGUCCAAUGUCCCCGCGAUCAAUGUCUAUGGCACAGCAGACCCACAGAAACAUAACGCUCCGAGCCACGAUAAUAAGCACCCAGAACUUCCAGAGGAACCUCAAAAUCUGGAUAAGCCAUAUGAUAACCACCGUGAUACCCGCCGGAUGACUCUCGGAUUGCGCCCAUUGCCCCCAGAGGACCCAGCCGACAACCCAGAGCAGCGUGCCAAUCGGAUUCGCUCCUUUUACAAAGAGUAUUUCGACGAGAGCAAGGGUGGUCAAGAACCCACAUAUUACGAAGACUUCGGACCCGAGUUCUACGAGAGUGGUGCUGGUGCUGGUGCAGGUGGUUUCAUCUACGACCCCACUACUGGAGAGUAUUACGAUAACUCUCCUGGUGCCGCUCCGUUCGCUGAGCCGGUUACUCGUCGUGCGAUGACACCGCCACCUCGCGCUCCUCCACGCUUCCAGGGAGCUGCCCGCCACAUGGCUACCAACUCUGCUGGCGCCAAUGGCCAUCCCGGACCGCGUGCUUUCUCGUCCGCCUCCGGCCAUAUGCCGGGUCCCCGGGCUCCCAAGAAACCCAUCCCUCCCCCAUCGCCGCUUCAUGUUCUUCCCACUCCUCACAUGUUGACGGACGACUCUCUUAUGACUGCCAUGGACUUCGCACCCGCCCUUGGAGCCAAGGAACGCGCUGCAGGUGGCCACGAGUCUCCUGGCGGUAUGCGACCGUACAGCCCUGCCGUGCGUGCGCACACCCCAUUGGUCUCCGCCUUCGAUGAGCUCUCCAUCAUGCCCAGCCCGCACGCGCUGCGCAAAUCCGGCACGUUUACGAACUUGGACUUUGUGCCUCCGCCGCGAUUCAAGAAUGAGGGUGGCCCCAACAGCGAUGCCGGCAGUAUCCGCAGUGCGCGGAGUGUCGUCUCUGCUGCCCACCAGAAUAAUAUCCGCAUGGGUAACUACCGCGUCAGCCGCUUGCCGGCCGAGGCGGUUGGUACCAAGGACGACAUGAUGUCCAGUCUGCGUCCGAAGUGGGAUAUGAACAACUCAUAA